UUUUUUUUUUUUUUUGUUUGGUUUGGUCGUUGAGCGAACGUCCUGUCAAAGCACUCCUUGACCCCAGUUUCACAUUCGGACUCCUCUCGCACCACAUUGAGCUUCUUUUUUUUGCAUUGGAGCUUCCAACUUCAACAAACACAGGCCCGCACAUAGGAUGGACUAUCUGCCUGGGCAAGAAGCGGCCGAGCUGCCGUACCAGACGCACCCCGAGCUGCGUGAGGAGACAAUGUGCCCAGAGUGCCGCCGCCCGACCGAGAUUCUCGAGUCGCAUCAGACAGGCGACUAUGUGUGCACUGCGUGCGGCACCGUUGUCGGAGACCGCCUGAUUGACUUCAACUCGGAGUGGCGCACGUUCGCCAACGACAAGGGCGAGGAGCACGGCGACCCGUCGCGCAUUGGCUCUGCCGUCAACCCGCUGCUCAAUGGCUCAGACCUCACAACAACCAUGGCCCAGGGCUUUAAUGCAGAGUCCAAGGCAAUCAGCCGCGCGCACGCCAAGACCACCGCAAACCAGAUUGACAGGCAGCUCCAGAAGGCCUUCCGUCUCAUCGGCGACUUUGGCGAGCGCAUGCAUCUGCCGUCAAACAUUACCCUCAAGGCCAAGCAAAUCUUCAAGCAGAUGGAAGAGCACUAUACGCGCGAGCGCAACGGCGCUGCAAGCCAGUUUGGAGCCAUUGUGGGUGGAAAGGGCGCCAAGGCAGUUGCGGCAGCCUCGCUCUUCCUCGCCUGCAGACUCGAAAAGGUGUCGCGCACGUACAAGGAAAUCACGGCAGUGUCACACGUCCGAGAGCAGGAGAUUUCGCGCGCCUCCAGCGAAAUCAAGCGCAUUCUCGGCAUUCACAGCACGGUCGUGGAUGUGUCCGAGUACGUUCCGCGUCUUGGUGAUCAUCUCAGCCUGCCAUUGAAUGUCACCAUGCUUGCCACCCAAAUUGCGCAACGGGCCAAUGAGGGCUUGCAUGCUCUUGCUGGCAAGAGUCCCGUGUCUAUUAUUGGUGCCUCAAUCUACAUGGCUUCGCAGGCAACCACAGACCACAAGCGAACACUUGAAGAAAUCGCGCGCCAUGUUGGAUCUACAGUACCUACUUUGUCCAAGUGGUACAAGGAAUUGUACAGCAACCGAGAGACCAUCUUUCCUGAAAAGAACGAAUUUCGCGCCAAUCUUCACCUUCUUCCCCCUAAUUAAAAAAGCGAAUCAAGCGGCGGUACCGCGGUCGUACCAGACGUGAGAUGCGUGUCUUUGGCUUUGUGGAUGAUGGCCGAUGAUGGAAUACACAACUCUCCCAAAACCA